AUGGGCGGGCGGCGGCGCUUCCGCGGGCGGCCGGAGGACGCGGCCGGGGACGGUCCCUCCCUGCCGUGCCCGGCGGAGCCGAUGGGCCCGGGAGCCUCUCGCGCGGCCGCCGCUCGCUCAGGGCUCGCACCGCGCCGGGCACGGGCGGCGGGGGAGGCCGCAAGGGGCGGGCGGGCGCCGGCGGCCGUUGGAGAAGAAGAAGAAGAGGAGGAAGAAGAAGAGGAGGAGGAUGAGGCAGAGCUGGAGGAGCUGCUGGGCCCCUCUCCGCUGGCCCUGGAGCCUGGCGCGCAGCGCGUUGCCAUCGUGCACCCCGCAGUCAAGUGGGGCCCGAGGAAGUCGCCGCUCACCACGGCUGAAUUACAGAUUGCUGAGGCCGUCGCUCUUGUAGAUACUCUUCAGAAUUGGACAGUUUUAGAUAAAAUAAUUAUUCCUACAAAAAAUCCUGACAAGAAGUUUGUUUUUGGCAAAGGGAACUUUCAGGUUUUGACAGAAAAGAUUAAAAAAUUGCCACACCUGACAGCUGUCUUCUUGAAUGUGGAAAGAGUAUCUUCACUGACAAAGAAAGAACUAGAAGGUGCCUGGGGUGUGAAAGUCUUUGACAGAUACACCAUUGUACUUCACAUUUUUCGUUGUAAUGCCCGGACUAAAGAAGCAAAACUGCAGAUAGCUUUGGCCGAAAUUCCACUUCUCAGGUCAAAUCUGAAAAAUGAGGUGUCUCAGCGAGAUCAGCAGAGAGGUGGAUCACGAUAUAUCAUGGGCUCAGGGGAAACAUUUCUGGAGACACAGAAUCGUAUCUUGAAAGAAAGAGAACUUAAAAUUAGGAAUGCCCUGGAGAAACUAAGAAGAAAAAGGUCUUUACUUAGAACUCAGCGCAGAAAACGCGAGUUUCCGAUGAUCUCAAUCAUGGGCUAUACCAACUGCGGAAAAACUACUUUGAUCAAGGCCUUGACUGGGGAAGCAGGACUUCAACCCAGGGAUCAGCUGUUUGCCACUCUCGAUGUUACAGCCCAUGCUGGCUAUCUGCCCUCACAUAUGGCAGUUAUUUAUGUUGACACCAUUGGGUUCCUGACUGAUCUUCCACAUAGUCUGGUUGAGUCCUUUUCAGCUACAUUAGAAGAAGUGGCUUACACAGAUCUGAUAGUUCACGUGAGGGAUAUUACUCAUCCAGAAACCAUCCUCCAGAAAGCAACUGUCCUGUCAGUUCUGAAGAAUCUUAAUCUUCCCAGUCAUUUAUUGGACUCAAUAGUAGAAGUUCAUAACAAAGUGGACUUGAUAGAAAGGUAUAAACCCACAGAAGAAAAUGCUUUAGCUGUUUCUGCUCUACAUGGGCAUGGUUUAGAAGAACUGAAACAAGAAAUAGAGAAGAAAAUACUGACAGCAACAGGGAAGAAGAUUCUGACAAUUGAUGUCAACUUAGAGGGACCUCAACUAAGUUGGCUACAUAAAGAAGCAACAGUUCAGGAAGUAGAAGUCAUGCCUGAAGAUGGCACAGCCAGGGUGAAGGUGAUAAUCAGCAGUUCUGCUUUUGGCAGAUACAAAAACCUCUUUCCCAACAGUAAGAUUUUCAUGUCAUGA